AUGAAAACGGACGAAACAGAAUCUUCACAGAAUCCUUUAAGGGCUCAAAGCAGUAAAUUCGAAAGUCCAGCCUCGUCGAGAUUCAAGAUUAGUCUAACAGGAAAGACGCGCAAGAUUGCGGGCAAGAACCUAACCUCUAUUAUUUUGCAGCAACGUCAAGCGCUUCGAGUGAUAGAUAAUGAUGUUGACGUCACUCCAAAAUUACUGACCCAUCCAACCUAUAGUUCAGUUGAUGAGAAGCAGAUAACUGCAUUCGAAACAAUCGGAUUAUCUCAAACUGGCAGCAUCGGCCAAUUGUCUAUCAUUUCCGGUUCAAGCGGUGUAAAAAGAAGCUCGUCUACAAUUGUUAGAACAUCUUCUCUUCCUUCCGGCUCGAUAGUAGCGGAUGAUGUGCUAUUCGAAAGCUUAUUAUCCACUCAGACAGACGAGUUCGUGCUUGAAGAUGAAGAUGAAGAUAAAGCUCCUUCUCAAUUUUAUUUGCCUAGUAUCGAUCCAAAUAUUUUUCCUACUCGACCUGAAACUGUGACACUUACUUUGAGGGAAACAGAGACGUUCUUCAUUUUUGAGAUGCAACCACGAACGGCUGAUUUACGUACUCCGGAGGGUAUAAUGGUCAAAGAAGAGAACGAGAACUAUGAAUAUAAAACAAUCGGGCCUGGUUCGAAUAGAAAAUUGAUAAACGUCGAAACUCAGACCAUAAGAGUACUCACGAGGUCUCGAGGAACGUACCUUGGCAGAAGAAAACGUAGAAAUCAAGGCAUGUUCGUAAAUAAUUGGGUAAUUCAUGAUAUUUAUGCUGCACCUGAACGGAUACUCGAAAGAAACGGACUGUUUGUGGUACAUACAAAAGAAUCUAUAGAACAAAUGUUAAAAGCAAAGACACUGAAAUACAAACUAUCAGAAUCCGAAAUAUACGAGGAAAAGACUCUCGAACAGGAACAGAUAUAUAUAUUCCAACUGGUUAAUUUUCAGAAUGCCGUACGAGUAGUGGAGCGUAUAAUAUCGAACAAUAUUUUCAUUCACGCUCAGAAACGUUUUACUGGCCUUAUCAAGCAAGAUCCAUGCAGCCUCGAUUUAGAGUUCACUUACAGUUUAGACCUACUUUGGAUUCAUAGCUCUGAAGAGAGUUCAGGAAGACCAGUGGCCUCCUUCUGUUGGAAUUACGUUAAUAGAAAUAUUUUAGCGGUAGGAUAUGGGGCGCGAGUUAAUUCAGAAACUAAAAAUGGUCUGGUGUUACUGUGGUCUGCGAAGAAUCCGGGGGUACCGGCUCGUUGGUAUACUUUCGACAGUCCGGUAGCAGAUCUCGAUUGGAGUCGUGAUCGACCGAAUCUACUCGCUAUUGGUUUCUACAGCGGUGAAAUCAAGGUAAUCGAUGUGAGUAGUCAAGAUAUCAAUAUCGUACGCCGUAGUCAAAAAACCACAUCAUCUUCGAGUUCUCCACACUGGCAAGUUCAAUGGUGGCUAGGAGACGAGCAAUACGAGUACCAAGAACAAAUUUACACCUGUACUCAGGAUGGUUGCGUAUUCUGUUAUCGAUACGUCGAAGAUUUCACUUCGUCGACGAUCAUGCGAAUUUUUAGGAUAGAGGGUACACUGCCGGGUGUCAGUAGAACUGCCCAGUGCAAUCUUUACGAUAUAUCUAUCAAUCGAAGUCCUGGGGCAUUGGUGCUCCGAAAGCACCCUACUUUGAGUACUAUCUACUAUGUCGGCUCGGAUGAAGGUUGUAUCUAUAAAUGUUCCACGAAUUAUCUAUAUCAGCAUAUAGACAGUUUUCUAGCGCACGAUGGGCCAAUGUACUCGAUGAUGUUUUCUCCGUUCUGUCCAAAAAUCUUUCUGACCUGUGGCGCCGAUUGGUGCAUUCGAAUCUGGGCUGAAGGAUUGACAGAACCAUUAAUUACCUUGUCUACGACGAUGGCAUGCGUUCGAUACGCAUGCUGGUCUCCUGUUCACUCCACGAUCAUCGCAAGCAUCGUUAGCAACGAGAUUUGCUUAUGGGAUAUUAGACGAAAGACCUAUAAACCUGCGUCGGUAACCAUGUCACCUAACAACGUCAGGUUUGUCAUGGCUGAUUUUACUGCGAAUGGAAACCAACUCGUAGUGGCGGAUGUAAAAGGUACCGUGUAUGUGUAUAAUCUCGAGGGAAUGCCGUUUCCGCCAUACAAUCAGGAACAGGUGCUGGUAGAAUCGAUCGAGAAAGCUUUGAUCACAAAGCCGAUGCUUCUAAAGAACCUAAAAAAGCUCGGACAGCCAUUUUCUUGA